AUGUAUGGAGUACCUGUAAAAAUGACGAUGGAAGUGGAUAUUGACGACGCCACGUUCGCAAACAUCACGAGUACGGAUGACUGGCCGUAUGCAAUAGCCAGGGAUUGCUAUGCAAUUCACUAUAACGGAAACCCCUACUGUGGCGGGCCUAGGGGAACGUUCACGGUCAAUACAACAAACACAGGUCUUGUUGUCAAGUCGACGGUGACCUGGAAAAUAUUUGGUUGGAAAUCCUAUCAGAUCAUUGAUCGCAUGCCUGGUGAUUCGGUCAUCAACCUGAACUGUGGAGGCUGGCCUGGAGGCUGUGCGCCAGGCGGACCUCUACUGCUAGAACUCAACCCAAACGAAGAUUUACCAGAGGAGAGCGCAUCGUAUGCCAAGUGCUGACGUCUAAGCAUGUUUAUAUCGGAUUGGUUGUAAUAGUAUUCAUAGAGAUCGUCAUCUCGAUCAUUGGCUGGUUGUAGCUGAACUACACACACUUGUAAACGCAUACUCACGCCUCUUGCACGUGCGUUGUACAGAAAGACAUUUCACUGCUGGUAUGGAAAUUAUUUGUUCUGACGCGUGUAACGUAAGAUACGUUAUAUGAUACACCUAUGUACACACAUGCGCUUGUCGACAUAUAGCCACACAAAACGCAGUCCACUGUAGUGUUUGAGUGUUUAUUUGACAGGGAUGUAAAGUUAACGUUACUAUGAGGGGACUAUUUGACGCUGAUAUUACAGCCUGCGUAUUACCGAGCAGAUCUUCUCGUCUCCUUGCAAUCUAAUUAAAAUUAGCUCCACUGGGUCUACCAGUAGAUCUAACAACAUUGCGUGGACCCCAUGUCAGGUGACAUUACAUCUAUAAAUAACAAUUUUAAUAUCAACCAGGUCAGGUCAGGUCAUAGGGUUUUACGUGCACAUUCAGAACAAGCUGUUGUAGCGCACGCCUGUCAUGGCCGGUAUUCCUUUGUCCGGUUCCUUAUUAGAGUAGAUGCUGGGCCAUUAAAUGGGGGCGGGUGCAUUGUUAUCAUUAGUCAAUGCACCCUGUGUACUGAUGCGGUGUGUUUGUGAAUCCUAGUUUCGUGUUAAGGUUGUACCUAUUGUCCUAAGUCCCUAUUCUAGUGAAUCUCAACGGCCAAUCAGGACCACCCCCUCCCCCUCUGUUUUUGUAUAGCAUUGAAUACAAUGACAGAAGGGGAGUUAUACUAGCCUAGCUAUCUAAUUUGAAGGGCUUUACCCUUAUAGUGUAGGUAUUGGUUAAAAAGCCUAUUGCUUGGCAUACUUAAUUUUAUUACCAAUGAAUGAAACAAUGAUUACUCUCAGGAGUCAACUGUUAGUAGUUACAAAUAGCAUUCAUCAACAAUCGUACACUUGCACACCAAUUUUUCAAUUGUUAGUAGGAGGGAGUGGUACCUGAACUAGAAAAAAAGAAUUAUUAUUACUACGUGAUUUCUUAUUGGUAUCAGACAAUAAUAUCUUAUUAAUAUCUUAUUAAGUAAGCUUACUUGGGGUCUUGUCUGGUUGUCUGGGUAGUUGGUUUAUCGGAUAUCAACCAAUUACACUUCGCCUUUUAUAGCGUUAUUCGGGAGCAUACAAAUUCUGAAAAUAUCGGGCGAGACUAUUUAUGUAAUACGCGAACUUG